AACUCCCGAGGAGUAAAAAGCAAAUUAACGGAACUAUAAAAGCCCACACCCCUUUCUUCUUUCGCUAGGGUUUCACAGAGCCACCAAGGAGCUGCGCUAAAGUGACUGCAAUAGAAGCAGCAAAUCUCCGAAGUCCGUCACCAUGGGUCGUAUGCACAGUAAAGGUAAGGGUAUUUCAGCGUCUGCUUUGCCAUACAAGAGAACCCCACCUAGUUGGCUCAAGAUUUCUCCUCAAGAUGUUGACGACAACAUCUGUAAGUUUGCCAAGAAAGGUUUGACACCAUCUCAAAUUGGUGUUAUUCUUCGUGAUUCUCACGGUAUUGCUCAGGUGAAAGCUGUCACUGGCAACCAGAUUUUGAGGAUAUUGAAGGCACAUGGCCUUGCCCCUGAAAUUCCUGAGGAUUUGUACCACCUCAUCAAGAAAGCAGUUGCUAUUAGGAAGCAUCUAGAGAGGAACAGGAAGGAUAAAGAUUCCAAGUUUAGGUUGAUUUUGGUUGAGAGCAGGAUUCACCGCCUUGCUCGCUAUUACAAGAAGACCAAGAAGCUUCCACCUGUCUGGAAAUAUGAAUCCUCCACCGCCAGCACUCUUGUGGCUUAGGCAAGAUAUGUUUGGUUUUAGUUGUCGGAACUUCCUUGAACUUAAUCUUGGAUGAACUGAUCUCAGCCUUUUGAUAUUUGUUAUUCUCAUUUUUUCAGAACUUAUUCAUGAAUAUUACCUUUUAUUUUUCGUAAUCUCAGCUUCUGGUUUGAUGUUUUUGAUGCUACAAGUAAUGUCGGGAUUCUGAAUUUGAAUAGAUGCUGAAUUAAGUUGAUCCUUGUCAACAUUUGCAGAA